CGCGCGGAGCCCCCGGGCCCCCGGAGCCGUCCGGAUGGCGGCGGCUACGGCCCCAGCCACUGCCACUCACGCACGCACGCCGCCACCUGCCCCCGCACCCUCCUCACCGCGCGCGGGAGAGCGGUGCCCGCAGGAGCUGCUGGCCUGAGCUCCCCCGCUGGGGUCCCCGAGCCGCCCGGCCGCACUUCUGCUGCCGCCCGGGUGGGUGCCCCCGGCCGCUCGACUCCGCUGUCCCCGGAGGCGAACGGGCUCCCCGCCCCCUCCUCCCGCGCCGUCCCCUCCCCUCCUCUCUCCCUCCCCUCUUCUGCAACGCCUGCGUUAUUUUCUGCCCGCAGGGUCCGCGCGCGCACCGCGGCCGCGGCGGGGGGGGGGGAGGUGACCGGGUGGGUGGGUGGCCGGGCGGGUGGCUGGCUGGCGGGGAGUAGAGCGUGCAAGUUGCAGGGGAAAAGGGGGUGCCCGCUCCUUCCGUGCUCUCCGUGCUCCCGGCUCCUCACUCCUUCCCCCUCCUCCUCGCCUCCUCCCUCCCCGCCCCCACCUCCUUCCUCCUCUCCGAAGGGCUGGUAACUUGUUGUGCGGAGCGAACGGCGACAACGACGGCGGCGGCGGCGGCACCAUCCGGGCGGGCAGCAUGGGCACGUCCGCGCGCUGGGCGCUGUGGCUGCUGCUCGCGCUGUGCUGGGCGCCCCGGGACGGCGGCGCCACUGCAAGCGGGAAAAAAGGCAAAUGUGACAGCUCCCAAUUCCAGUGCACAAAUGGCCGCUGCAUUACUCUGCUGUGGAAAUGUGACGGAGAUGAAGACUGUGCUGAUGGCAGUGAUGAAAAGAACUGUGUGAAGAAGACCUGUGCUGAAUCUGACUUUGUGUGCAAAAACGGCCAGUGUGUUCCUAACCGAUGGCAGUGUGAUGGGGAUCCCGACUGUGAAGAUGGUUCUGAUGAAAGCCCAGAACAGUGCCAUAUGAGAACAUGCCGCAUAAAUGAAAUCAGCUGUGGCGCCCGUUCCACUCAGUGUAUCCCAGUGUCCUGGCGAUGCGAUGGUGAAAAUGAUUGUGACAAUGGAGAAGAUGAAGAAAACUGUGGCAACAUCACAUGCAGUGCCGAUGAGUUCACCUGCUCCAGUGGCCGCUGUGUCUCCAGGAACUUCGUGUGCAACGGCCAGGACGACUGUGACGACGGCACUGACGAGCUGGACUGCGCGCCCCCGACCUGCGGCGCCCACGAGUUCCAGUGCAGCACAUCCUCCUGCAUCCCGCUCAGCUGGGUGUGCGAUGACGAUGCGGACUGCUCGGACCAGUCGGAUGAGUCUCUGGAGCAGUGCGGCCGGCAGCCAGUGAUCCACACCAGAUGCCCCGCCAGUGAGAUCCAGUGCGGCUCUGGCGAGUGCAUUCACAAGAAAUGGCGCUGCGACGGCGAUCCGGACUGCAGGGACGGCAGCGACGAGCUCAGCUGCCCCUCUCGAACCUGCAGACCUGACCAGUUCGAAUGUGAAGAUGGCAGCUGCAUCCACGGCAGCAGGCAGUGCAACGGCAUCCGAGACUGUGUUGACGGCUCUGACGAAGUCAACUGCAAAAACGUCAAUCAGUGCCUGGGUCCUGGAAAGUUCAAGUGCAGGAGUGGGGAAUGCAUAGACAUCACCAAAGUAUGCGACCAGGAGCAGGACUGCAGAGACUGGAGUGAUGAGCCCCUGAAAGAAUGCCAUAUCAACGAAUGCUUGGUCAAUAAUGGUGGCUGUUCCCAUAUCUGCAAAGACCUAGUUAUAGGCUAUGAAUGUGACUGUGCAGCUGGGUUUGAACUGAUAGAUAGGAAAACCUGCGGAGAUAUUGAUGAAUGCCAAAACCCAGGGAUCUGCAGUCAGAUUUGUAUCAACUUAAAAGGCGGUUACAAGUGUGAAUGUAGUCGUGGCUAUCAAAUGGAUCUUGCCACGGGCGUGUGCAAGGCAGUAGGCAAGGAGCCGAGCCUGAUCUUCACUAAUCGAAGAGACAUCAGGAAGAUUGGACUAGAGAGGAAGGAAUACAUCCAACUUGUAGAACAACUAAGAAACACGGUGGCUCUGGAUGCUGACAUCGCAGCUCAGAAGCUGUUCUGGGCUGAUCUAAGCCAAAGGGCCAUCUUCAGUGCCUCAAUUGAUGACAAGGUUGGUAGACAUUUUAAAAUGAUCGACAAUGUCUAUAAUCCUGCAGCCAUUGCUGUUGAUUGGGUGUACAAGACCAUCUACUGGACUGAUGCGGCUUCUAAGACUAUUUCAGUAGCUACCCUAGAUGGAGCCAAGAGGAAAUUCCUGUUUAACUCUGACUUGCGAGAGCCUGCCUCCAUAGCUGUGGACCCUUUGUCUGGCUUCGUUUACUGGUCAGAUUGGGGUGAGCCAGCUAAAAUAGAAAAAGCAGGAAUGAACGGAUUUGAUAGGCGUCCACUGGUGACGGAGGACAUCCAAUGGCCUAAUGGAAUUACACUUGACCUUGUCAAAAGCCGUCUCUACUGGCUGGAUUCCAAACUGCACAUGCUGUCUAGUGUGGACCUGAAUGGUCAAGAUCGCAGGAUAGUGCUCAAGUCUCUGGAGUUCCUAGCGCACCCUCUUGCACUCACAAUAUUUGAGGAUCGUGUCUACUGGAUAGAUGGAGAAAAUGAAGCGGUGUAUGGUGCCAAUAAAUUCACUGGGUCAGAGCUGGCUACGCUAGUCAACAACCUCAAUGAUGCUCAAGACAUCAUUGUCUACCAUGAACUCAUCCAGCCAUCAGGUAAAAAUUGGUGUGAAGAAGAUAUGGAGAAUGGAGGAUGUGAAUACCUCUGCCUGCCAGCACCACAGAUCAAUGAACACUCUCCGAAAUAUACCUGUUCCUGUCCCAAUGGGUACAAUCUUGAGGAAAAUGGACGAGAGUGUCAAAGGAUUAACGUGACCACAGCGGUAUCAGAGGUCAGUGUUCCCCCAAAGGGGACAUCAGCCGCCUGGGCCAUCCUUCCUCUCUUGCUCUUAGUGAUGGCAGCAGUAGGUGGCUACUUGAUGUGGCGGAAUUGGCAACAUAAAAACAUGAAGAGCAUGAACUUUGACAAUCCUGUGUACUUGAAGACCACUGAAGAGGACCUCUCAAUAGACAUCGGCAGACACAGCGCUUCAGUAGGACACACAUACCCAGCAAUAUCAGUUGUAAGCACAGAUGACGACCUCGCCUGACAUCUGAACAACUCUUAACCCGUGAGGUUCAAACCAAGAACACCCAACUCUGAAAUGGUAACUGAGCCAGCGCUGAAGUCUUUUCUUCCUCCCAUCUGGAAGAACAUCAAGAUAUCUUUUCGUGGCUCAAGUUUGUGUACUUGACCAUUUUUAUAUUACUUUUGUAAAUACUCUUGGCCACAUUCUACUUCAGCUUUGGAUGUGGUUACCAAGUAUCUUUAACCCUGACUCUCUAGACAGUAUUGCCACCUCUGGCCAAAUAUGCACUUUCCCUAGAAAGCCAUAUUUCAGCAACGAACCUUGUGCCAUAGUGACUCCCACCUGUACAUACACUGUAUAGGCCACCUGUACAUACCCCAGAGAACAAUCACUAUUCUUAAGCACUUUGAAGAUAUUUCUAUGUAAAUUAUUGUAAACUUUUUUUCAAUGGUUGGGACAAUGGCAAUAGGAUAAAACGGGUUACUAAGAUGAAAUUGCCAAAAAAAAAAAAAUUUGUAAACUAAUUUUGUACGUAUGAAUGAAAUCUUUGACCUCCGUGGAGGUUUGCAAAGACUGACUUCAAACUACUGUACAUUUUUUUUCAAGUGCUAAAAAGAUUAAACCAAGCAGCUUAACCCUGGUUUUGAUCAUUCCUCUAAGAUGAGCUUCUGAGAAAAGGAGUACCAAAUGCUCUAGACAUCUAAGCUAUAGUUCUUGAUGUUGUACAACUAAGUCCAUAAUUGGGCUAGAAUCUUUUACAACUAAGAACUAACAACAAAAAUUAGUAUUUAGUAUUUGUUCCCCCAAAUCUAUCAUCUAUCCUUCCUUUCUUUUUUCCUUCCUUCUUUCCUUUCUUCCUUUUUCCCUUUCUUCCUUUCCUUUCUUCCUUCCUUUCUUCGAUGCUUGCUUUCUUCCUUUCUCCAUCCCUCCCUCCCUUCCUUUCAUUUCUUUCCUUCCCUUCCCUUCCUCUCUUCUGCUUUCCUUCCUUCCUUUCUUUUCUUCCUUCCUUUGCUGGCCUCAAACUUGCAAUGCCCCUGCCUCAGCUUCCCAAGUUCUAAGAUUACAUGCCUGUACCACUAUACCCAGCCCAUUUAUUUUGUUUUUUAUUUUAUAAAAGACACUGUCUUCAAAGAAUUCCUUUUGCUAACAGAAGAUUUCUUUUUCUUAUUUUCUUUCACAAUGAUCUAGAAAUACAUGCUAAGAUUCCCAUGAAUUCUCACACUUGGUUGUCCAUGUUCUAUCACUCUUUGUAGGUCAAAGACAAGUGCCUUCUCUGGCAUGGGAAAGGGCUCGAUUAUAAGAGUCUGGCCUGUCUUACCAUGGAGCUGGGUAGGAAGGAUACUCGGAAGUGUUCUUGAACAGUCUAAGUUGCGGUUCUUAGUGUGUCUCAGGAACAGCAGCAUGGGCUGCUAGGAACCUAAUAGAAAUGAGGAUUUUGAGCCUCACCCCAAACCUACUUAAUCAGAAACCCUAGUGAUAGGGACGAGGAAACAGUUUUCACAAACUCUUCAUGUACUUCUGAUAUAACCUAAAGUUUGACAAAGAAAUCAUGUUAAUGCGGCUUCAUGGAAAGUAUAACUGUAACAUUGUCUAGCAUCAUAUAUGUAGAGACAUGUUCUUCCUGUGGGGAAUUGGUAGAACUCUGUGUGAACAGACAAGGAGUUGGGGGUACUGUAUAAAGGGGGGGGGAGAUUUGUUUGUUUUCUAUCACAUUGGCUGCCACAUCCUUACUCUGAAGUGUCAAGAUGCCUGGGAAGUGAAGAAAGAUGCAAGGCUUAAAGCACAGUCAGGAUGCUCUACCUAACUCUUCUGUGAGGUGUAGAACAGCACCGGUUCCUCGGGGAAGAAUUGGCCGAGCUAGUAUCUAAAACAGUCAAAGUCAUUUUGUUCUUUUAACCUUAUCUCUUUUGUAAAAGAGAAAUUUAGAUAGAGAUUUACAGUAGAUUAAAAAAAAUGUACAAAGUCACUGACAGAGUGUUGUUAAGUAUUGCUAGAGUAGCUAGCUAUCUGGUGAGACUGCUAAUUGGUUCAGUGUAUAAUAGCUUAUAAGGGAUGAGAACACUGGCCUUUAUUACCCAGACAAAACCUUAAGAACUCUGUGAGAUGGGUUGAUGCAAAUUGGGUGAGUCUCCAGAGCAGUGGUUCCCAACCUGUGGGCCUUGACCCCUUUGGGGUCACUUAUCAGAUAUUCUGUAUAUCAGACUUAUGUUACAAUUAAUAACAGUAGCAGAAUUAUAGUAGGAACAAAAUAAUUUUAUAGUUGGGUUAGGGUGCUCUAUUUAAGGGUCGUAGCAUUAGGAGGGUUGAGAACCACUGCUCUAGAGCUUACUGUAGUAAAUAACUCAGUAAGGGGUGAAAGAUGAGCAACAAAUUCUUAGGAAGGAUAUUUAUGAUUAAACUACCUUGUCACGUAAGGCAACUGUGAGUGGAAUGUCCAGGGACUUGAGGAAUAUCUGCAAAGGAUAGAAAAAUCAAUAGAUUUGUAGACCCUGGUGAAGAAAUCUAGCCAAGUCUCACAGUCCCGAAUCUGUAAAAAGGUGUAAGGAGCUAUAUGCUCCUCAGCAAGAAGCAGGCCUGGCAGAUGACCAGUCCCCUUAGAAUAUUUGAACAACUACUUUGAAGCCUUGGCAUCAUUCCUGAGCCUUUGGAUCUGGAUAAAUUGGGGGCAAAAAUAAUUCUUUGAGGCUUCUACUUGGCGCUUGCCUUGAUUGCCUUUGUUAUUAGAAGUCAGGCCACCCCAUCAAAGUGAGCAAGCGAGUUUUACACAGCACUGACUGUUGACCUGUUAAAGGACUAGCUUUUCAGCUGAGAACACUGCAGAAAUCUGAGACCCACCCAAAGUCUAGCCUUUAACCAUCUUCACUCCAAACCCAAAGAAGCUGGCGGGCUUCCUGUGAAUCAGGCAGUUAAACAGAAUUGAUUUCCUAGCAUUCUGAACUAGUAAAAUCUUUCCUAAUGGGACAGUAUGUUCCCUUAAGCUUUUAUUUGUGGCAAAACAAACAAUCAAAUAAAAAAAAAUCACAGACCUUUUUGCUUACUUAGAUUCAAGAACAACAACAACCAAAAAAUAAGAAGAAGAAGAAAAUUAAAAUAAAAAUAAAAGCUAUUCUUGAUCAGACUUUCAGCCUUUUGUUUCUAAAGCCAAUGUUUUGCCUUCUAUGGAAAGAGUAUGACUUGGGUCCCAAUUUCAGCCAUAUGCUAGACUCAAACUGAGCAAAUUCCGGAGAUGGAAAAAAAGCCUAUAAGGGUAUCUUGUUUUCAAGGAAAAAGGAAAAUGACUUUGAAGAUGAGACAGUCUUUAUACAGGUUUACUUGUUUCUUUUUUUGUUCGGUUAUUUUUCUCCCAGCCAGCAUGGAGGUUUGUAGCUCACCAGAGCUUUGUGGAAGGAUAGUAACGGUGUUUGUGUGACUCUCCUUCCUAUCCGCCUUCACCAGCGAGAAGCUGAAUGUAAGUUAGUAGGGAGUCCUAGGUUGAGGUUUGUGAUUGCAUCGCUUUACAGUGUCAUUUCAGCUUAGUGUUUAUGAACCCGGCUCAUCCAAGACACAGGAAUGAAGUGUAGCCACAGACCAGGGUCCGAUUAGGUCUCCCUGUGUGUGUCUGUGUGGGGCAUGGGAAAGUGUGAGACAGAAAAAGUGUGGGGAGUGUGGGCUCGGCAGUGACUCUGGGAUAUCUCAAGAAUGGCUUUAUUGGCUGUGCUUGGGGGAAAAGUAACGCAGGCGGCUGGGUGGGUUUGUUUAGAGCUCUACCUGUUAUGUCAACAGCACAUACUUCUCUGUCCUGUGGGUGCCAGCUUGGGCAAGUUCCUAAGCUUCUCUGUGGUACAGAGAUGACAGAGACUCUCUGGGACAAAAGGAUGGGUAAUAGAAUCUAAUUGUUCAGUACAGUGUCUGGCAUUUGAUGUGUAUGGGCAAACGUACUGUCACUGUCAGUAUGUGUUUCUACAAAGCCCGGGGGACUGGUAAGUGACCGCGGGUGGGCAAGGCAGGCAGCUUCCCUCACUGAGUAACGAGGGCCUUUCACCCUGAUAAUACUUGUCCCCCAUCACACUGAAGUCUGAAGUUCAGCCCAUACAGGUGAAAAGCCUUGAAGGGCUCUAUAAUUUAAACGCUGGAGUCAUAGCUGGUCUGCAUCUGCCUCCAUCUUGACUGCUCCUCCUAGGACACAGAAACAAGUAUUGGAACAUGCAGAGUCUUUAAAUGGCUGUUGAAGCGUUUUUAUUGGCCCUUCAGUUCUUACCGUAUGCUUGAUGUUGUGCUAAAUAAAUGUUCUUCCAUCUCUUAUUAGGGCUUCCCAGUAACCCUAAUAGGCAAGGACUAUCUUCAUGUUGCAGAUGUAAAAGCUAAGGCUAUGAACCAUGUGAGAUUGCAAACCAAAUAAGCUUGCUGCCUUGGUUUCGGGAGAGGGUGCUGUCCUGUGCAAAAUGUUAAGCUGUAUAUCACAUUGUAUGUUUGCCGAGUCUCCUUUUCUAUAGCCUGAAGAGCAUGGGUACAGUUUCUCAGUUGUUUCAGAUCCAGUAUGAUGGUGCACAGAACUAUAAAGUUGACACCAAGGCCUCAGAAUACCACAGUACCACUCAGUUAAGCCAUGCCUUCAAGAUGCUAGACUUGGUAGGGUCCUUUUCCUUGGUCACCAGAGUAGAAAUAUGGAUAGCUUUAAAGAAAAAAAAAAAAACAACACAGAUUUCCUAAAGGAAUUUGGAGACAUCAUAUCAGUCACUAGCAGAGCACAUUAGGGGAAAGCGUGCUACCACACAAUAAUUCUCAGUUUCCGAGGCAGCCAAGUGGAGAACACACCAGAGAAGACAGGAGGAAUGUGGCUUGCUCACAGAAUGAUGGUGCUGUGACUUAAAAACCGAUCUCAAGUGUUUCAGAAUCUGCCAUGAUACCCGGCUGUUUCUCAAUUUACUUGUAUACUUGGAGAGAAAAGAAUGUUUUUAAGUAGAAAGAUUGACUUCACAAAACUAUCUAGUGUCUUUUAAAUAUCACACUUGGUACUAAAAUAUGAUUUAAGAGCCUGUGGUGCCACAGGAGGCCCAUGUACACACCAGACCAUCCUCAACUUAGGAUCGUCACUGUUGUAAAGGCACAUGUUGGAACUCAUCAAGUCCUGCUGACCUGUAGAUAAUUAUUUUUCUCUAAAUGAACUGUACAUUUAUCUUAAAUAAAAAUUUAUUUUUGAGAUAA